AAUAAAUCCCCGCAUCAUAAACCAGCCGAAAGAAAAGGCACUUUCUUGCAUUGAUCAUCAGGCGCAACACGAGAUGAGUGAUAACGCCCCCAAGCUUUGCUCGGUAUGCGCCGCCAUCGAUUUCGACAAACUCUUCUUUCCAGACCCUGCUCCUUUCAAUCCCAGUAACAGACCGCCUCUAGAUCCUUGCCUGGGUACGCUGCAAGAAAUCUUGGAUCGCUCAGAAGAAUGCGAAGUCUGCAAACUUAUCGUCGAUGCUCAUCGCCAGCGGUAUAUUCGAGCUCCCUAUGGAUGCUCAACGAAUCAUCCAGAUUUCAGAAGUGAAGUUCCUGGCACGGAACCUCAAAUCCACGAGGAAGUCAAGAAAAAUGGGCUACGACUUACAGUUAACAAUGAGCCUAUCAAAUGCUUUCUUGAAUCCCGAAUCUUUUCCUCGGACAAUACUUUGCUGGAUUCAACGGAUGGUCUUGAUCCGGAGACUGGGGGCGUGAAUCGUGUUUUGCUCAGGCUGGAACCAUGUCCCUGGUUGGCUAUACUUGCCAACUCGAUCACUUUGCAAGCUCUUUGGCCUCCCAAAGAGAUCCAAACGAUAAGCAAUGGCAUUUGUCUCGAUGGUACAGGGCGAAUGAUCGGUUCUCUGCUAGAUCUUUCGAUCCCUCGGCGCUGGAUCAAGCAAUGUGAAGACGAGCAUGGUGGGCAGUGUCAGAAACCAAAGUGGCUAAGCGAUAGCGACAACGAGUGGCCUGAGAGAUGUCGAGUAAUUGAUGUCAAGGAACAUAGGAUCGUUGAUUUACUCCCGACAAUGCGCUACGUUGCCCUCAGCUAUGUUUGGGGAUCAAGCGAGAAGGCGAGACAGUCACGUUUCGAGAGACGAUUAACUCGAGAGAACCUGUCGCGACUUCAGCAACCCAACAGUCUUGGGGAGAUCCAUAUACCUCAAACAAUCAAAGAUGCAAUGGAUAUCACGGAGCAAGUCGGAGAGAGGUAUCUCUGGGUUGAUGCUCUUUGCAUCGUACAAGAUGAUCCUACAGAUCUUGGUCAUCAGACCGCACGAAUGGAUCUGAUCUACUCCAAGGCGCUCUUCACGAUAUUAGCUGCCUGCGGUGAAGAUUCGACUUCUGGACUUGCAGGACUCCCAGGGAAUCCACGAGAUGUCUUUCAACGACAAGUCAAAGUCUCAUCAAGCGGGCUACAUAUCAUGCCCCUCGUUACUCUAUCCGAAGAAGAUACUCUCCAAUUUUCGUCAUGGAACACCAGAGGCUGGACGUUUCAAGAGCGCCUUCUCUCUAGGCGUUCACUGAUUUUUACCAACAAGCAAGUGUACUGGUGUUGUGACGGAACGACAUGGGAGGAAGAGUCACUUCUCGACAUCCCCGGAUCAACAGCUUUCGCCAGGUCCUAUUCGCUCGGAUGCUACGAUGAAUGGGAUGAUAAUGAAGCUAAGUUUUCUUUGGAAAGCUUCGAUACGUACAUAACGCAAUUCUCUGAGCGAAAGUUCACCUACCCUUCUGAUGUCCUCCCUGCUUUUCUCGGAAUCAUUCGUCGGUUUGAGCAUUUGAACAACGAGAAGAUACACUGGGGUCUGAACGCGAGCACCUUUGAUCAAGCCCUGACAUGGAAAUACGGACAAAAUCGACGAGAUGAGACGUAUACUUAUUCUUUUGGCGGAUCGACUCGCAGCGUGCCGUAUCCUAGCUGGUCCUGGCUCGGUUGGACAGGGUUCAUCGGAGGUAGUUCGAGUCUUCGCAUCAGGGAGGAUUACGAUAAGAGGGACGUCGGGGAGAUGAAGUCGCUCUUGGCGUUCUACUCGCUGAUGAGUGAUGGGAGUGUUUCUCUGAUCAAGGGCACCUCGCUGAGGAGAGUGAACGAUUACGGAAAGGAAGACGUCGUGUCUAAAUCUACUGAGAAGCCUAGCCAAGAUUGGAUCGAUGAUACGAAAGUUAUCGGACCGAUCAAGAUGACUGAUAUCUCAUUGACCUCGCAGCUGGAGUCACUUCAGCUCGACGCUUCUCGUCAAGAUUUUACGCCUUACGACACAGGACGGAUAGUGUUCUGGACAAGCCACGCCAAUAUUUCCAUCCAAAUCACCAAUCGAGAUGGUAUACACAUGGAAACCUCAGACGGACUAGUCAAGCUUGAAUUAAAACUUUCAUCACCAUUCAUGAAGAAAUCCUAUUAUCGUUUCGAGGAGAGCUUGAACGAAGAUAGCGAGGCAGGGGGGAGCAAGAUGAUAAAUUUCUUGAGAAGAAAACCCGUUGCGACAAGUCAUACGAUUAGUCUCAUUGUCAUAUCGAGGUAUUAUGGGUUUUAUGAAGGUGAUGAUGAGGUGGUGAAGUUGAACGUCAUGGCUGUUGAGGAGAAGGUGCCCGGGUCAGGUGUCUGGAGUAGGAUAGGUCUUGGUGUUAUGAAGGAAGAGGAGUGGGUUAAAUUGGAUAUUGAUUGGAGGAUGAUUAUUCUCGAAUAGUUCAUCAAGAUGUAGCUAGAGAGUGAGGUGUUUGCAUUGUCCGGACCCACGGUGGCCCGGGUCCGAAGACCCGAUGAGCAUCGCCACAAAUGUCCCAAAAGGGAAAUCGUCAGCUCGACUCAUCACUAUAAAGACCCUUUACAGGUCAAAGGCGCUAAGCAAUCGCUGAGAGUUGCUCAAACUCCUUCAUUCUGUAGACUCUGCAACAUCGAGUUACGAGGCUUACAAACAUGGAAAGCCCAUGUCAAAAGUGACGCACACGUUCAAAGGCUUCAAGAGAAAG